AUGACCUUUGCUCACGACGAGCAGUGGUACUGCUGGAGGCUACCAAUCGACGACGGACAAUCGACGACGGCGAUGAUGGUGGUGACCGGUAGGCGAUCGGUGGUGACGGUGGGCGUCCGGUUGGUGGUGACCGACGGCGACAAUGAAAUGGAGACGAAGGCCGAUCUGAGGAAGAAGGUGGUGUUCUUCUUCCUGGCGUCGACUUGGGCUAUAGCUUCUGCAGGAGGAGGAGAUGAUGGUGUAAGCUACGAUGGAAGGGCUUUGAUCAUCAAUGGAGCUCGUAGGUUGCUCUUCUCUGGUUCCAUCCAUUACCCUCGAAGCACUCCUCAGAUGUGGCCAUCCCUAAUUGCGAAAGCCAAGCAAGGAGGGCUCGAUGUGAUACAAACUUAUGUAUUUUGGAACGUCCAUGAACCUAUACAAGGACAAUAUAAUUUUAGUGGGCGAUUUGACCUUGUAAGAUUCAUCAAAGAAGUUCAUUCUCAAGGUCUCUAUGUGAGCCUUCGAUUUGGACCUUUUAUACAAGCUGAAUGGAAAUAUGGAGGAUUGCCAUUUUGGCUGCAUGAUGUUCCUGACAUUGUAUAUAGGUGCAACAAUGAUCCUUUCAAGUUCUACAUGCAAAAAUUUGUGACAAAGAUUGUGAAUCUUCUAAAAUCUGAGAGGUUGUUUGCCUCUCAAGGUGGCCCUAUUAUAAUUUCUCAGAUUGAAAAUGAAUACAAAACUGUUGAGGCUGCAUUCCAUGAGAAGGGACCUUCAUAUGUCACUUGGGCCGCAUCAAUGGCGGUCGCCCUCAAUACCGGUGUUCCCUGGAUGAUGUGCAAGCAAGAUGAUGCUCCUGAUCCAGUGAUCAAUGCUUGCAAUGGAUUGAAUUGUGGAUCGACUUUUACGGGGCCUAAUUCCCCUCGAAAACCAGCACUAUGGACUGAAAACUGGACCUUCUUGUAUCAAGUUUAUGGAAAGGAUCCAAGGCCAAGAUCUGCUGAAGAUAUAGCCUUUUCGGUUGCACUCUUUAUCGCGAAAAAGAAUGGAAGCUUUGUGAACUACUACAUGUAUCACGGAGGAACAAACUUUGGGAAAUCUGCCUCAUCGUUCGUUACAACGAACUAUUACGAUCAAGCUCCUCUCGACGAAUACGGCUUAAUAUGGAUGCCCACUUGGGGGCACCUUAGGGAACUUCAUGCUGUGAUCAAGCAGUCUCAAGAGGCAUUACUUUGGGGAAUGUAUACGAAUUCUUCGCUUGGCCAGCAACAAGAGGCACAUGUGUUCGAAACCGAUUCAGGACAGUGUGUUGCCUUCCUUGUAAAUUCUGAUAAACGCAAUGCUGCUGCUUUGCAUUUCCGUGAGACUAUUUAUCGCAUACCGGCCCGAUCAAUCAGUGUGUUACCAAACUGCAAGGAUGUUGCCUUUAGUACUGGACAGGUGAGUGCCCAAUUCGGUGACCGGUCUGCGACACCUGUUCAGUAUCUCAACCAAGAUCAGCAAUGGCAAGCAUUUGCAGACCAAGUGUGUGACCAAAACAAGGCUUCAUUUGCCGCAAAAGGUCUCCUAGAACAAAUGGCAACUACGAAAGAUGUGACUGAUUACCUUUGGUACACCAUAAGCUAUAACCACUCGAACUUCGACAAUCAGCAAACACUCCAUGUGGAUUCUCGGGCACAUGUCUUACAUGUCUUUGUAAAUGGCAAAUUAGUAGGCACAGUUCAUGGGAAUCCUGAUGGAGCACUACCGGUUUUCGAUAAACACAUCGAAUUUAAGGAAGGACAGAAUGAUAUCGCUUUGCUUAGUGUUAUGGUUGGACUUCCUGACUCAGGAGCAUAUCUUGAGAAGAGGGUGGUGGGACUUCGACGUGUGAGAAUUCGAGGAUCACAAGGUUCUUUGAUAGAUUUAACAAAUUGGCUUUGGCACUAUAAGGUCGGUUUACGGGGAGAGGAUAUGUUCAUCUUCUCUGAACAAGGUUCGAAAACAGCAAGAUGGAAUUCUUUAUCAGGCUAUACAAAUAGACCUUUGAUAUGGUACAAGACGAUGUUUGAUGCUCCAAAAGGCGAUGAUCCGGUGGUGCUCAAUCUUGGUAAUAUGGGUAAGGGAGAGGUUUGGAUCAAUGGAGAAAGCAUUGGAAGAUAUUGGGUAUCUUUCAAAGCUCCAAGUGGAAGACCGACACAAUCUUUGUAUCAUAUCCCUCGAUCGUUUCUAAAAUCAUCAAACAACCUCCUUGUCUUCUUCGAGGAACUCGGUGGUGAUCCUAGAACAAUUACAGUCGAAACCAUCUCCAUUUCUAGUGUUUGUGGCCGAGUAUCGGAAUCCUAUUAUCCAUCAGUGCUUUCGAAGAGCAAGGACCCAUAUGUUCAACUUCAAUGUCAACAAGGGAGACGAAUUUCAUCGAUAGAUUUUGCGAGUUAUGGGACUCCCUUUGGAGAUUGUGUAAGAAGAAAUUAUGCCAUAGGUAGUUGCCAUUCUCCCGAAUCAAAAGCUAUCGUCGAAAAGGCUUGUCUCGGUAGAGAAGAAUGUGCAAUUUUCGUAACUAAUAGCAUGUUUGGAGGUGAUCCUUGUGUUGGGCAUUCGAAAUCUCUCCUUGUCGUUGCAAAGUGCACUUGAUCUAAAGGCAGCUUAUUGUCGAAACAAAGUAUUGAUUGAAUCGAUCAAAGUUAAUGAAUGUGGCGAUCUAUGGUGGUUACA